GUUUGUUACAUUUUAGCCACCAUCAAACAUUGAUGUACACUUUAGUUUGCCCGGCAGUAUAUAUCCACUACAUGUUAAGACAUACCCAGCGGAGACGCAGUGACAAUGUCACGCAACAUGUCUUUGAGUCACCUUAACACCAGAUUCUGAAUGAAGACGUUACAGGCAUCUCUGUUGUGUCAUACAGUGACAAGAUGGAUGUCUUCUUAUGAUCCCAGAAACUCACUCACCAAAGGAAGAUUAACAGUGAGGAAAAUUGGAGCCUACUCCAUCAUUGUCACAUUGGUAGCAUGUGGCUCCUUGCUGUGGAUAGAGAUCGAGUCCAUCAGAGGAAGGUUGUCCUCCUCCCCACAGCUGAGUGUGUUCGACCUGGACAAGUCCACCAAGCCAUACAUCUACAUCCGAGACCGGGAGAGAGACCUCCGAGCCAAAUCUCAAGACAUCAGGAAGAAGUAUCUUGAUCCAGAAAAAUUAAAACAGAAGUCCUGGUUCCCAUGGUUACAGUCUCACAGCCAAGAUCCCUGGACCUUGCUUAAACUCACCAGGUCCGCAGACAGAAAAACAAGAUGGCUGGGGGUCAAGGCCAUUGCAGAAAUGGAAGACUGGGAGGACUACCAGUACCGCUACAUCGCGCAGGCGUGUGAUGGCCGCACUCUGGUGGGUCUGGCCCGCUCUCCGGAUGUAGGGCACCGCUUCUUCCUACCUCCACCCAGACUGGUGCCACUGAAGAGGAGCUGUGCUACAGAGCUGCGGUCCCUGCUGUUGUCACUGCCGCUGGAGAACGUCGGCGAGUGCGUGGAGUACUUCACAUCCCUGGCACUAGAGAAAGGACAGGUGCAAGAAGAUAAAGGCAUUCUCUGGACUUUCGGCAAUCCCUCUUACGACACCAGCCAUGCUUCCCCUACCGUCCCAGAAGACAUCCAGCACUUGUACUACCUGGAGGCCCUGGAGAGUCACUCACAGAGUAAGUCUCAGUGUCUCCGCAUUGUGGAAGGAGGAGGGCUGGCCACCCUGCUGCACCUGGUGAAGGAGCUCUCACCCAACUCCACGCUCCAUGUUCCACACCUGGUCUCACAGAUCAUUGGUAACCUCAGUCUCUGGGACUGUCUUCAUGAGGAGAUUAUUAGAACAGGCUGGGUCCCAAUCCUGUCCCAGUGGAUGUCCCACGAGGACCUGGAGUUGUCUCAGCUGGCUGGCCGAGCACUGCUGAACCUGGACCGAGACGGCUCUGACUGUGUGUGUGAGGAGGGAGUGUAUGUCAUCCAUCCGAUGCACAGGAACAGUGAGGAGCCGUACUGUGAUGUGGUGUUUGUGCACGGUAUUAUGGGCGGCCCCUUCAAGACCUGGAGACAGAAGGACGUGACGCGGAGAGACCAGUCGGACCUGACGCGGAGAGACCAGUCGGACGUGACGCGGAGAGACCAGUCGGACGUGACGCGGAGAGACCAGUCGGACGUGAAGCGGAAAGACCAAUCAGAGACCCCACAGUCCAUGUGCUGGCCUAAGGACUGGCUGGCCCGAGACUGCCCCAACACUCGACUGUUGACCGUGGAAUACGACACGCAUGUCAGCGAGUGGUAUGUCCAUUGUCCAUACAACAGAGAGCGUCGGACGGUUGAGAUGCGAGGCCGGAGUCUGCUGGAGAAGCUACACAAGGCUGGUGUCGGAUCUCGGCCGGUCAUCUGGGUGGGCCACUCGAUGGGAGGUCUCCUGGUGAAGCAGAUGUUGGCCCUUGCCCAGACAGAACCCCGGCUCCAGUCACUGGCCGUGCAGACCCGGGGGGUGGUGUUCUACAGUGUCCCCCACCGCGGAUCCACCCUGGCAGACACCUCCAACCACGCCUGGUACCUCAUCUACCCAUCUGUGGAGCUGCAGCAGCUUAGUGCAGAUUCCCCCCACCUGAAAGUCCUCCAUGACAAGUUCCUGACCUUCAUGAAGGACAACAGCAUUCCGUGCAUCAGUUUUGGGGAAACCUCCAAGACAUCCCUGGGAAAGAACCUCCCCAAAGUCCACAUCGUACCCCCUGAAUCCAGUAAUCCUGGCGUGGGAGAGUUCUAUGCAUUCAGUGAGAACCACAUCAACAUCUGUAAGCCUGAGGACCCAGCAUCCGACCUGUACAUGUUGCUGCUGAAGCUGGUGCGCAACUGUGUACUACAGAGCAAGCUGGAGAGUUUCCUCAAGGCCGGGAUAUCCUUCAGUGAGAUCAGAGACUAACAUCACCUUUUCACAGGACGCAGACUGUUCUAAUGCAAUCAUGCAUGCACUUACUGAUAUGAAAAAUUCAAAUAAGUGAUUUAUUGAUAUCAUUUGUACAUACAUGAAAUAGCUAUGAAAAGUCUGUAUUCCAGUCUGCGAGAUCGCUCGUGAUUCAGAGUGCUGCUAAUUGCAGAACAGAUUACAAGCUCCUCAGCUAGAAUCAUCAGAAGCCGCCUGUACACCGACUGAUUCCCAUUCUCUGUCAGUAUUCAGCUGAUCAUAGGGGCAUUAUAAUGUGAAUAUUUAAUAAUGUGCAAAAUUAAUAAUGUCCAUAGUUAUAAUGUGCCAAAUCCACACCUAUAGCAUGCUAAAAGCGAUACAUUCUUACCCCAGUCGGUGAAUCAGUGUGCACUCGAUUUUCAUUCUCAGCUCCCUGGGGAUGUUGACUUUGCAUACUAAUGGAGACAUCACUAUGAUAUACAAUGAUAUAUGUAAGUAUUGGUACCUGUACAUAUCUAUAUCAUGUGACUGUGAGUUCGACAGUAGCCAUUUUGUCUUCAGCUGUCCUUUGACCUAUCACCAUUGAACAGAGCAGAUAAUCCAGUACUGGUGAUAUUUAAAUACCAAUUAAGAUAUCUAAACAUUCACUUCAAGACAUCAUUGUGAAACUCCUAGAAGCCUUCUACAGUAUAUCAGUUGUGUUCAACAUGCUGGUGAAUGUGUUUCCUAGUCAGACCUGGGCAUUGUGUAAGAAUCAUCUGACAGUGACUUGUCAUAUAUGAAUGAACAGACGAAUGAAUUUGGUUUUAUGCUGCUUUUAGCAAUAUUCCAGCAAUAUCACGGCAGGGGACACCAGACAUGGACUUCAAGCAUUGUACCCAUGUGGGGAAUUGAACCCAGGCCUUCCGCAUG